GAGUUUUGUUCUUUGCCAGACGAGUUUGAACGACGCGAGGAGGGUGUGGUAAACAGAGAAGACAUGGCAGGAAAAGCCAAAGCACGAACAAUCAUCGUCCGCUUGAUUUCUACUGCCCAAACAGGUUUCUUCUACACCACAAUGCGCCCAAGACAGGGUCCGAAGCUCGCUGCCGUCAAAUAUGAUCCCAAAGUUAAAGCUCGCGUGCUCUUCGUAGAGAGCAAGAAGACGAAGAAGUAGUGAGAUAGUUGCCCUAUAUUUUCUGUUGCUUUGGCGGUACUCAAAGAUUCAUGGCAACCCAUGUUGAAUCUGACUGGUACUCGACACCGCACUCCACACUCGUAACAAUAUGCUAUCUGCCGCACUCUAAUAGAUGUUCAAUAUAGGUGGUGCCAUAAGAACCAG